AUGAGGUUCGACAAGAAGAACACUGGCUCCCUGGUGUCAUACCUGAAGCGGUUGUCCUUCCAGUGCAUCGUCAUCUCCCUCAAGGACACUUUUUUCUCGCACAGCGAUUCCAUUGUAGGCGUCUACAAGGAUAAAGCCAAGCAGACCUCGGGUAUUCUUAGCCUGUCGCUCGCACGGCUGGGCAAGCUGGCCGAAGGACCGGGUGCACAGGCGCCCCUGACUGACAGCUUUGCAGAGCGUUAG